CUUAAAAAGGUAAAAAACAUGGCUUAUAACCAUUAUUUGCUGAAGCAAUCACUGUGAUGUAAUGCACUGUAAUAACAGGCACUGUGGUUGUAGUUAUUAAUUGGACCAAUAUAUUGGACCCCUAAUACCAUGGCUUUGGCAAUACCAUUAGGUGUAAUUCUGCAACAUUUCAUCUUAUUUAUAUUUCUUGUUUUUGUACAAAAAUCAAUAAUCAAGGUACAUUUGAAUAGAAUUUUCAUGAUUCAGUUUUCGGUUGAUGCAGGAAAAGGAAGAAGCUCAUCACAAGUAAUUACUGUCAAUAUUGUUGUUUCAGUAGUUGCUGCAUUGGUGCUUUUAUUCAUCGCAUUAUGGUGCAUAACAACAAAAGCAAGAAAGAGAUACAAUGUCGGAAAUGAUAUGAUAACAGUACAGUCCUUGGAAUAUGAUUUGAGAACAAUCGAAGCAGCAACAGACAACUUCUGUGACAAUAACAAAAUUGGUGAAGGUGGAUUUGGUGCUGUCUACAAGGGUAUGCUUCCUAAUGGACAAGAGAUAGCUGUGAAGAGAUUAUCUAAAAGUUCCGGACAAGGUGAAAACGAAUUCAAGAAUGAGGUCAUACUGGUGGCCAAACUUCAACACAGAAAUCUAGUGAGGUUACUGGGAUUUUGUUUGGAAAGACAAGAAAAGAUACUCAUCUAUGAAUUCGUCCCCAACAAAAGUCUCGACAACUUUUUAUUCGAUCCAGAAAAGGGAAAACAACUGGAUUGGUCAAGACGUUACAAGAUUAUAAGUGGCAUAGCACGAGGAAUCCUUUAUCUUCAUGAAGAUUCUCAACUCAGAGUUAUACAUCGGGAUCUUAAAGCUAGUAAUGUGUUAUUAGACGGGGACAUGAAUCCAAAAGUUUCAGAUUUUGGCAUGGCGAGAAUUUUUGGUAUGGAUCAAACUCAAGGAAAUACAAAUAGAAUAGUUGGGACAUUUGGUUACAUGUCUCCAGAGUAUGCUAUGCAAGGACAAUUUUCUGUGAAGUCUGAUGUGUUUAGUUUUGGAGUCUCAAUUCUGGAGAUUAUAACCGGCAAGAAGAACCGUAGUUUCUAUCAAUCAUAUGGAGUUGAGGGCCUUUUGGGCUACGCUUGGAAACAUUGGAGAGAUGGAACACCUUUGGAACUGAUGGAUCCAACUCUCAAAGAUUCUUAUUCAAGAGAUGAAGUCAUUAGAUGCAUCCAUAUAGGCCUCUUGUGUGUUCAAGAAGAUAUGGAUGUCAGACCCUCUAUGUCGUCCGUAGUUCAUAUGCUCAACAGUUCCUUUGAUACUCUACCAUUGCCUCAGCAACCUCCAUUCUUUGUCCGAGGUAGAACAGAGUUCAACUUUGAAAAAAGGAUGAGGUCACGUUCUUUCAAUGAAGUAACAAUAAGUGAACUAAAACCUCGAUAAUG